AUGAGACGACGCCACUCAACUGUCAAGGAGGACAUUACAGCCGACCGUCAUCUGGCAUGUCAGCCAAUAGAGAUUGAAAGGGGAAUAUUUGCUGUUGUAAAGUCCUUCAGCAGCAAUAGUGCACCCAUCCAUGUACAGAAGCAGACGUGGGGGACAAGCCAUCAAAUUCGUUGUGAGCUGGAUGCCUGUGUGCGCAACACUGAGGUGAUGCAUAGGAGUGGGUUUAUAUCCUUUGAUUGUGCCCAUCUGCAGUCCCUGCAAUACUGCCCACCACCCCUCAGCCCUCAGAUAGAACUAAGGGAGGAUGUUCUGAGGGACAUUGUCAGUAGCAGGUGGUUCAGCGAGGAGCGGAAGAGGGCAUGUCUUCUGAAAAAAACGGCGGCAAACACUGAAGGGAUCCCCUUCAGUGUUGAUGUUGAGGUGGGAAGCUCUUCCUCAAGAAAAUAUGUUUCCAUUUAUGAGGCAAAUCUGUCUUACUAUAACAAGUUUGGCAGAGUGAUGGUCAUGUUUGACACAGCAAAUAACACGUGGCAUUGCCAUUGUGUUAAAGCCAAACAGGCCUGUGUCCACAAGGCCAUUGCGAAAUGGCACUUUUUCCAGACAAGAAAGGAGCUCUUCACGGGAGAUGAGAGCGAGGAUACUCAAGAUAGUCAGGGCUCUGAAGACGAGGUGGAAACUGUCACCUCAAGCGAUUUUCAGUAUCCCCCUCGAGAUCAGGAUUUGGGGAGAAUUGUUAGGUACAUUCACAACAAGAAAAGGCUUCCUGCAGACUUGCCUGCAAAUGUGUAUGGGUUGACAAGUGAGUCAGACGUGCCUAAACAUCUGAUGCCCAAAGAGUGUGUUUGUCCUGAAUGUCCUGGUGAUCUUCCCCUCGGUGAACCCCUGAUCAUCAGCAAAUCAGCAAAAAUCAUUACUGUCAAGGGAAUCAUCGAGGGUGUGACAACUUAUGGGAAAAAAUGCAGUAGAUGUGGAAUGAUGGUGCGAUACCAGGAAUGGGAGGAUGGCUUACAUAACUUUAAUGACAAAGUCAUUCUAACCCUCCAUUUUUGCCUGUAUCUUCGGAACUGCCUCCAGACUCACACAGCUCUGGGUCGAGCCAUCGAGACAUGGGAGCUGACGUCGGGACAGCAGUACCCAAACAAAAAUAGCCUAAUACAUGGAUACCUACAUUUUGAAGCACUGACAGACCACGAUUAUAACUUCUCCUGUGUCCGCUGUGGACAUCACCCUCCUGUGGUGGUCAUGGAUCUCCACAAGAGCUGUGUCUUCAGCUUGGCAGUCAGUGAACUAGAGGAUCCACCAGAUGGAUUUGAUGGGGAGGUGGACAUUGAUGAGUUCUGGGACUCUCUAUGUUUAGAGAGGAUUGCACGUGGUUUUGUUCCAAGUGAUAAACAAAAUCCUUUUGCCGUUAAACCUACGUACCACCACUGGGCCCCGUGGAUUGGACCUCACACCCGCAAAUCCAACAAGGUGCUCAAUACAGAGCAUGAAAAGGUCCACACAACAAGGCACCCAAAAGAACAGACAGAGAUUGACGUAACAGAGGACAGGCUAUUGGAUGAAGUAUCCAAUUUGAAGGUCCAUGCCAUCCGAAAGCUCUGCAGGGAGUGCGGAAUUGAUUCCCAAGGUUCCAAAAUGGAAUUAGUUCUAAGGCUGAGAGAAGAAAUGAAAACCCGAAGCAAAUUUGAUAAAAUCUUUCAAAAGGUUUGGGGAGCAUCUGGUGGCUGGGCUGUUGUUAUGUGCCCCUGUGGACAGGUUGUCUCGCUGAAAUUUAACAUUAGGGCAGAAAGUCCUAGGGACUUUACUGAUUUAUUGUUAUCUUGGAAACACAUGCCCAACAUAUGCAUAUAUGACUUUGCAAGAGGUCUGGCAGUGCAUGCUAACCUUAGAGAGCCUGAGACGAUACCUUUCAGCCCUCAUGAGGGUAGGUUGUUGGACCCCAGCCAUGAAAACUUGCAGUACGCAUCCAAUGGUGGUAUGGUUAAUUUACCAUGGCUUAACACUAGGAAAAAUGUGCCGGACCCGGGAGGACAUCCAUUGACUGGGUCAGCAGACCACUAUUGUCUCUAUGACACAUUCCAUGAGGGAAACACUAAAGACCCGAAAGAUAUCCUCCGGAGGAUAAAGAUGGUACCUGAACUGGCAGGGAGAAUUAACAGCCAGGUUGCAGAACAACUCUUCUCAACCAUGAAAAAAAACAACUAUUACAUGAACAUGCUCUCGCCAUCUGCUCAUGUUUUCAUGAUGCGUAAUGUUAUUCACAAUUACAAUCAGCGGAAGAACAAGAAGAUCAAGGAGGAAUUAAAGAAGCUUGUGACUCCUGAAAUUCAGCUGUGUCUCAAUGAGCAUGGUCAGGCAGAAUUCUGUGCCUCUCAGCCAACAGGGCUUAGCCCCGACCCAGUUGUUGCUGCCUACUCUCAACCAGUAGAGCUUAGCCCAGAUCCAGUUGUUGCCGCCUCCUCUCAGCCAGCAGAAAUGGGGUUUUGCUCAGACCCAGAUCUUUCACCACCCUCUAAACGUUCAAGGUUACAGUCGCUCUCCUCAGCUGUUGACCGUACUACUCCCAACUUUACAGUUGCUGAUUGGAAACGAGAACCAAACGCAAGACUCAUUGAAUUACUGGACUAUGUACUGGAUAUUAAGGGUGACCCUAAGGAGGAAAUUGUUCAAGCCAACAACUCGAUCCUCACAAGGUCUGACUUUUGGACUCUGGGCCUAGAACGAGAUGUUGAAGCAACGAUUGCAAAUUGUUGUUUCAACAUUAUCGUCAAGGCUGCAAAUGCACAUGGCAUUGCAACCGUGGCUGUGGAUGCCUAUGUGGUAGUCACCUGGCUUCCUCCAUAUGAGGCUUCUCCAAUUGCUAAAAUGAUUUGUGACUUUGCAUCCAAAGACGUGGUGCUUCUCCCUGCCUGGCAGCCUGGGCACUGGACAUUGUGUUAACCUGGCACAUGCUGUGUCCAAUGGACCAUGGAAGUCAUUUUACUUGGCUGACGAGGGAGCAUCUCCCCAGCAUCAGAGCAACAGCUGUGGGGUGUUUAUGCUGAUGUAUGCAAUGUAUUCUACCCUCCAAAAGCCAUAUGAUUUCAUUGAGGUGGACAUGCUCUCUAUCAGGAGGUGGUGGUGUGGGCAACUGCUGGAGACCUUUACGCUUGAAAGGUGUUACAUACUGCGUCCAUAUUUUGCUAUUUAAUUAUAUUUGGUGCUCAUGAAGAUGGAAGCCUAUACUGAUCUCAUUUCUUUCUCUAGCCCUGCAAGACUAG